AUGGAGGGCUAUAUGUUAAGGGUGACUGGUGGAAAUGACAAACAAGGCUUUCCAAUGAAACAAGGCGUGCUGACCAACCAGCGGGUCCGUCUUCUUUUGAAAGCCGGUCAUUCGUGUUAUCGACCACGCAGAGAUGGCGAGCGGAGAAGAAAGUCUGUUCGCGGCUGCAUUGUCGAUGCAAACCUGUCUGUUCUCAAUUUGAUCGUCGCCAAAAAGGGCGAACAAGAAAUCCCCGGAUUGACUGAUGUUACCGUGCCAAGAAGACUAGGUCCAAAACGUGCAUCGAAAAUCCGGAAAUUGUUUAAUCUUUCAAAGGACGAUGAUGUAAGGCAGUACGUUCUUCGUCGGCCUGUGGUGUCAAAAGUAAAUGGAAAGCAGCGGAUGAAGGCUCCUAAAAUUCAGCGUUUACUCACACCCCUUGUUAAACAGCGGAAGCGACAUCGCUUGGCUCUGAAACGCAGAAGAACACUGAAGAGCAAAGACGAAGCCGCGAACUACCAGAAACUGCUCGCACUACGUAUGAAGGUAUAUCAGUGA